CUUGUCUUCUCCCAAAUAAUUCAUCUCCAAUCAAGAUUAUUUUGUACUGAAAUAAGAAGACGGAUUGCUUGAUGAACAAGAGAAAGAAGAAGAAAAACUCAGAAACAAAUCAACGGCUAUUGUUCCAAAAGAACAGGAAGGUCCUCUUACAAAAUUUCAUCAAGCUUUGCAGUGGCAAAUCAAAAUCCAAUCAAAACUAUUUUCAGACCCGUCGCUGUUGGAAAGACGAGAUCCCCGAGCAUCUAAGGUUGCAAAUGAAAGCAUUCAUUGAGCUUGCUUUUAGCCCAGGAGUAAACGAGUUUUACAUGAUAGACGUUGCAAAAGAACUCAAGAAGAUAGAGAAACUUAUCUGACAUCAUCUAGAUAUCCUCUGUUUUUGGACUAUGAAGUCAAGUUUGAAAUUUCAUUUCCUUCUGAAGCUGAGUAUGGAACUCAGACUCUCAAGCUCAGAUGCAAAUAUGACUGUUUUUAAAUAUCCUCUGUUUUUGGUUGUGUGUAUAUGUUUGCACUAAAAUACUUAAGUGAUGUGUCUUCCCUCAAUAGUAUCACAACUCAUUUUGGAUUCUUAACACAGUUUCC